AUGCUGGAAGAGAGAACAUUGUCCCCGGAGAGUACAGAGGAGGUGGGACAGUUAGUGAGCAUAGCCCAGGGCCCAAGUUCCCUUCCUCGGGUCACUUUUAAUGCUCCAGAGAAACCAGAAGAGGAAACAUCCCACAGAAGGCUGGGCAAAUUAACCAUCAAGUAUAACCGAAAAGAUCUUCAGAGAUGGCUAGAUCUGGAGGAGUGGAUUGAUGCCCAGUUGCAAGAGCUAUAUCAGUACCAGGUGAGUAACUAUUUGACUGGAUAAAGACAUCACACAUAAGACCAAAGAAUUUUACCUAUGCUAGGACUGUCUCUAGCACAAUGUAUGGCUUGGAAUGGAAUGGACAUCUGUUUUGGUGAUAAAGGAAUGUGAUUCACUGUCACACUCAUUAACUUGUUAAAUUCUCCCACUCCCAUUCUGCAUGGAUUACUGUGUGAGAUUAGACUGGGGCUUAAUGGUAGAGCCACAAAGCAUCUGCCUGGAAAGGAUCAGCUCAUCCAACUCUCCACCCUGAGGCAAAGACAUCUUAUAUCCAAAAAGCAUUACUGGCAGACACCUUUCUGCUCUUACCUUGGAAAUUUCCAAGCAGGACACCUCAAAACCUUAAGUAGCUUUUUCAGUUGUGGGAAUGCUCCCAUGAUCAGGAAGUUUGUCCUAAUCUUGAAUUUAAAUCUACUUCCUGCAACUAAAAGCCAUUGUUUGUUGUCCUGAAUGCAAGUUGAAAGAAUGGGUGACUGUUUCCCUUUUAUUUUCCAAUAUCUCUAAAAAUGUUUGGCGCAUGUCUGGGUACCUUACAGAAUUUCUGGAUAUUUUAGACUGGCCUCAAAGGAUUUGCUUUUUUAUUCAGGGCAGCCUUCCCCAGUUUAGUACCCUCCCAUCACCCCUGACCACUGUCCUGAUGGCUGGGGCUGCUGGGAACCUGAAUCUAAAACAUCCAGGGUGGAUCAGGGUGGGGAAGGUUGACUUUGAUUGGCAUCCAUCUGUCUCAGGUACAAUGAAGGGGUUUGCCUUGGGUGUAUGUGUGAAGUCAAACUGUUGGGAAGUUACAGCACCUGUUGGGUUUGUAGAGACCAAUGCGGGAGAGACAUGCUUUGUUGUAGCGGGGGCAGAUGAAGGCGUCAAGUUGUGCUGUUGCAGAUGCACCAUGGCUUUUCUUCUCCCAGUGGUCAUUCCUUCUCAGGUCAUUGCUAUGGAUACACAACUUGACUGCAUGUCUCCAGACACUGUGCUUGUCUACAAAGGAUUCCCACACAGCAAGAUCGAUGUUGCCAACCUCAGGUCACAUUUGCAGACAUUUUUGUUACGCAUAAUUGAUUAUGGCAUGUGUGUCCUGCCCAAUUUGCAAGGGCAUUUUAAUUUCACAACAUCCCUUUGUGGAGAUGAUCAGCUGGGAGAGAUUGAGAAAUCUGUCCAUAGUCAUCCCAAUGAGUUUUGUAGCAUGAACUUGAAUAAAUGUUUUCCAUUUCCAAACUCACCUUGAACCAUUUAAUCCACAUUUACUUUCUGUGGCUACUUCCACACUGGGCAUUUUCUGUGGAACACCUACCCUCUGUUCACUCACUUUUUAUGGGGAAUCUGCAUGAUGCCGUUGUCAAAACAUCCUCCCAUGAUGAUCUUCUUCAACUUCCAUCCUUUUCCAAAGCUUAAUUUCCCAAGAGGUAGAUGACCUAUAAGGCAGCUGCUUAUUAGGUUGUUGGGCAAGUUAUGGAUUGUAUAGAUUGCUCUAACAAUUUCCUUCCCUAUGAUCCAUCUCUCCUAUCUAUGAAUCAGAUAUAUUACUUUAACCCUUCCCUUCUCAAAUAGCAUUGCAUUUAUAUCCAUUUCUAUUCUACUCUCCCCAUACAUCACACCAAAGGGAGGUAACUAUGAUCAAGACUGCAGCAAGUGGAGGAAAAGGGGGGGGGACAUUUAACCCUUUCCUCCAUGCCCUUGCUGAAGUGAGAAUUCUCUUCCUCCCCAUGGACACUUGAGACUUGAAGGCACUGUCUAGUAGUCACAAGCCAAGCAGAGAGCAUCCAGGACCUUGGACAGCUCCAAAAAGCCCCCUCUAAAACAGCCACAAGAGCAGCUGUUGCAGCAGGGAGCUAUAGCCUUUGUAGUUGUUUAGUCUAACCAAGCCUAAAGUGUGGCAGAUUCCACUGCCCUGGAAGAGCUUGUCUGCUGGUUAAAGGUCCCUUGCCUUAUUUUGUAGUCUCUGGGUUCUACAAGGUUUGAGAGACAGAAGUAAUGCAGGGGACUCACCCUUUAAGUCAGAAGAUAGUGGCAGGACUGUGUCUGCUAGCCCUGAGUAAGGCACUGUUUGUUCUUCCUCUAAUGAGUAGCCUGAACUUCAUCUGAACAAUGCACUGCAAGGUUCCCAGGUCAUGGGUCAUGACACCUCAGCAUUCGAGGCUGUUUUUCUUGGGGGGAGGGGCUACCCACCUGGGUACAUGUUGAAUCCUAAAGACAAUAAGCCUGAAAACAGAGUUGCUAUUCCACUUGCAGCCUAAAGCAGGACAGCAAUUAUUGUGUCCGAUUAAUUAUCCACACCUGGAAACACCUGAGAUCUUUACCCAAUCUUGUAGAGUCCUCUUCCAUCUUGUCAGCUCUUGAACUAUGGAACUUAAAACUCAACAUAAUACUCUAAAUGAGGUCUCAGCAGGGUCCCUCAAUAGCACCACUAAAUUUCUAUGUCUGGAAGACCAUUUGAUAAUUUGAUUGUACCUAAAAUAAGUUUGUUUGUUUCGUGAAAUGCAUACACCACUUGAUUGUAUUUUUUUUUUAACAAUACUUUUAAAUAUACAGAAAGCUAAACUAUUAAAACAGAUUAAAAUUCACACCAGCAUUUCUAAGCAUCUGGGUAGGCUUGCCUAAACAAUGUUUUUAACAAGUGCCAAGAAGAAUAUAGUGAAGGUAGCUGCUUGAUAUCAAUUGGUAGGGAGUUCCAAAGUGUAGAUGCUGACACACUAUUGUGUUCUUAUAAAGGCCGAAUGGGUGUUAUGUGGCAUCUGUAAUAUUGCCAAUUCUGCCAAUCGAGGUGGAAUUAGCUUAUUGGGAUCCUUUGCAGGGGAUGAAGGAGGUUGAGGGAGCGUAUUAACAAACAAACUAAUUGUGGGCUAUCUUUCACAAUUUGGGUCAUUGAGAAGAGUAUUUCAAGCCUGUUUCUGUACAGGCAGCAUGUAAAAGCCCUGCCCUCUUAUCUUCAUUCCAAAGGUUGUUUUCCCGACACAGUUUUGCUGAUGCUUUACUUUCCAGCAGCCUAACCCCUGCUUCUCAAAGGCAGGUAAAGGUGAGGAUAUUAUUCAACCUUAUUGAAAGGAGGUUGUUAAGUAAUCAAAGAAAACAUUUGCUGACCUGUCUGUGUAAUAUGGAACUGAAAUAUGACUGUGUGCAUGUGUCACUGGCGGAGGUCCUAGAAAGAUGGAGGAGGCAACCAUUUGAAAUUUGCUUCAAUCAAUCAAAUUUAUGUAUAUAUAAAAUUUACCUUCAGAGUAGCAAUGGGUGGGCCAGAUGAAGAAACAAAAACUGAAGGUGUUAUGUGCCUCAUUAAGUGUGCACACACAUACACCUGAAUGAAACAGAAUCACCCUACCUGGGUAGCAGUCCUAUAUGAGAUGCUACAGUAUUUAUUAUCGUCACCAAAUCCAUAGUAAUAAUUCAUUACAGCUGGGUGGAAAUGAGAGGUUGGGGUAGAUUUUUUUUUCAGGGGAUAAACAGCACAGGGAAACCACCUCACCCCACAAUCCUGAUUCAGAGUGGAGUCUUCCUGCAGCUGCUAAGAAAGGUGGGGCUAGUUAAGAGCUCACAAUUUAAAAAAUGUGCUUAAAGUCACGUCUCAUUGACACUUGUUAGGCCACUGGAGUCGUUGGAGCGUGGCAGGAGGCUCUUGAUUGGCAGGUGCAAGUAUCUGAUCAAACAGAGUGCCAGGCACUAGCUAAAGAAAGAUCCUGCCUGGGGACGUAACAGGAGUGGUUCUGCCUGAAUAAACAGAGCUAUGCCUGGCCGGGGGCCAGUUGGCCAGCUUCAACCAGACUGGUAGACAUGGUGGAGCUGGAGAAGCCCAGGCAGGAUGGUGGUGGCAUCUGAUUAGAGAUUGAGGUGGGGAGGAAAGAGAUGAUGGUUCCAGUGCCUUCUAAAAGCAAUAGAGAAGGGGGCAACCCCAAAACAUGAAGGGCAGCGCCUGUGUAAUUUGAGCAUUGGUGAUUCUGCUCCAGUUGCAGGAGGAGACAGAAGCCACAGCCGCUCCAGAGCCAGAAAUCGACAUUGAGGAUCUUCUUGACGUCUCUAACGAGGAGCAGAAAUCUAAACUGCAGGUUGGACAGAGGCACCUUUAACUGCCUAUUUAGACGGUUUGUGGGGGACCAAAGGGGCCUUUUCCAAUGUUGCCAUGUUUGUCAUCAUGAAAGGAGGUUCUCAGUGAGCUGUUGAACACAGCGUGACUCAAUGAGACAAAACCAUCUGCCCCAUUUUUUGAUGUGGUGUCUGAAAACGGAGUCCUCCACAACUAAGUAACUGGAAUUGCAGGGCGGGGUGGCAUGGGGUGCAAGCUCUGUGUACCGUUUUUGCAAGUGGUUGAAUUCUGAGAUUGAUUCAAAGCAGGCAGGCCAUUUCCGACUUGGGAGUGUUUUGAGAGACUGUCCAUAAAGUACAUCAGUUUUAAACAUAUGAGUUUGCCUAAUACAGAGUCAGAUGAUUGGCUCAUGUGGCCCAGUGUGGUAUACUAUUGCAGAUAAGUGAAAGGCCAUGGUUCAGUGCAAGAGCAUUUGCUUUGCAUACAGAAAGUCCCAGGGUCAAUCCCCAGUAUUUCCAGUUAGGGCUGGGAGAGGCUCCUGCCUGAAACCCUGGAGAACUGCCAAUCAGGGUAGACUAUACUGAGCUAGUUGGACCAAUCAUCUGACUCGCUAUAAGGCAGCUUCCUGUGUUCUUUUGGCUGCCAACCAAAGAGAUUUUGCUUCCUUGCCCCUGGGGGUAAAAUGUAGAGGAAGAUAUAUAGAGAUAUAUAAUUCAAAUACAUGCAUAAAUGUUUUAUCUUAUCUUGUAGGAAAUUCUCCAGGAAUGUUCCAGACCUACAGAGGUGAGCAUAGAGCAAGGCAAUUGUCAGUGCUUUUUUUAAAUUUUUCUAGGAAGUAAUCAAGUGUACGCAGUACCGGCACCUUUUUUGUUGUUGUUAAAAAUUGUGGCACUUACUCUAACAACUUCAUGGUGAGUACUGGCACCUAUUUUUCUAGAAGAAGAAAAAGCACUGGUGAUGCUUUAAUAUCACAGUGUUCUGCUCUAGGAGCAGCUGAACAGCCAGUUCUACAGAUGUUUUGAAGCUAUGUUUAGUGUGCAUUGCUCAUGCUUUCAUUUUUCAGCCAUACUUACACAGGUAUAAAUUACUUUAUCCCAAAUGGUUUGUGGCUCAACCAAGAGGUUUGGAUAAUGCCAAAAUUUGGAUAAACAGGAGUGCAGUUUAUUUUCUCCAAAUAGCACAAAACUACUAGGGUUGAAUGUGGUGGGUGGCCAAGAUGGAAGUUCUACUUCUAAAUAUAUUUGUUUUGAAUGCAGUAGAGCCAAACUCACUUAGGAAGGGCUGUAGCUCAGUGGUAGAAGGUAUCAGGUUCCUACCAUCUCCAGAUAGGUCUGGAUAUGUCCCCCUGUGUGAAAGCCUGGAGAGCUAUGGCCAGCCAGAGUAGACAAUGCUGAACUAGAUGGACAAUGGCCUGACAUGCUAUAAGGCAGCUUUCCUAUGUUCAAACUAUAUGCUACUCUUAAGGUGCAGCUAUGUAUCAAGUCUCAUUUUCCUUAACUACAAGCAUAUGGGGAAGAAAUUAUUACAGGGAAGUUAGUGGGGGCUUAUUUCUUCCCUCUCCAGUGCAAUCGGAGCCAAAAUUGGCUUCCUUGUGCAGCUAAAAUGCUUAAGGAAAAAAAUUCCCAUUGAUAGCAAUGGUAAGUUUUCUUUAGUAUUAGAUGCUGGAGGGGGAGGAUGAUUUUGGCUCUGAUCACACAAGGGAUGUUCAACUUUCCUUGCAAGGAUCACACACAUACACCCCUACACCUGUACUUAAGAAACGGAAAACUUGAUAAAGUUUAAUAUCAGGCAGACAUCAGUUUGGCCCUAAGAGAACUACUCAGUUCUCAUGACAUUCAUUCCUCUUCCUUCUAUCUGCAUUGGUUCAUCCAUGGAGUCACUAUCAUCAACUUUCCCUUCAAGGUUAACACCCAUCCCUCAUGCAGAGAGCUGCACAUGAGCUAGGCGACUGUGUUGUUAUGCAAAGGACACCACUCGUUUUCAUUCAUUUCAAUCGGUCUACUCAGAGAAAAUUACUUGCAUACCACCACCCUGUAAUUAUGUUUGGAAGGGAAAUCAAUCGGGUUAUCUAUUGAAAUAGGACUCUGAACUAUAUUGUGUGCUACAGCUGAAGGAGGCAAGAUUUUCCUUCUCCACAACUAGUGGCGGUUGAACUUCUUGACUCACCAUUGCUGAUCUCCAUGGUAACUUGACCAAUCCUUGUAGAAGUUGUUCAAAGGUGACUACACAACAAGCAGGGUUGGUGAAUGAUUUACUUGUGAACAAUAAGAGAGCACUCAGAUGUGUCUGGGUAGAAAGGGAAACCCACCAAUAACGGUGCUAGCUUGAAGGAUGACAAGAGGUAACACACAAAGUCCAUCACUCGGUACAAUUGGAUGUGUGCAAAAUAGUCACCACCUGUCCAGCUAGCGGGGUAUAAGCACAUGGAAGGCGGCUUCUAGAUGUGUAACUCAAGCGGGAUGAAGGGCAAUAUGUGAUCUAGCUUCAGGACUGCGUCCCUCUCAUUCUGUUAGAAAAUAGCAGCAGUAAUCUUCAGUUACUAAAGGGCAAGUGGAGGCUUACAUGGCUGAACUGUACCUGCAGCAGGGUUGGGUGGAAGGCCAGGAUAUGCAUUUAACAAAUAAAUGAACAAAUACAUGUUCCUCCAGACAAAAAAACAGGCCAAAAAAACUGAGUGUCAGGAAAUAGGCUAAGCUAGAAUGCUUCUUCCUGACAUACCCGUUUUCUAAGCAGGAGCUAUUUUCGUGUAGAUGAGUAUUCAGACAUAAGAGUUGCCACCUGCAGUCUGAAGUGGUACAGUCCAGAACCUCAACUGCUGUGCUUUUGGUAUGCAUGACUUACAUUUAAUUUGCUUGAUCAGCCGAGUCUCUCCAUUCUACUUGCACUCCGGGGUAGAAUGGUUGAAGUCCCCCAAGAAUAGAUUUCAAUUUAUAUUUAUAAAUUGGUUGGCAUUUGGUUUAUAUUUAAAUAAAUCCCCUUAUGGUGGAUUAGCAGAUAGGGGGGAGAAGAAUCUGUCUUGUAGUUGAUCUUGUUUUUUAAAAAUAUACGGUGAUUCUUCUCCCCCAUCUGCUAAGAUCUCCAUUGCAUGAAUGGCUUUUCACAAAGUGCAUAGCAAGUAUGGGGACCCCAGUCCAGACUGGAACCCUGGUACUGGUGGGAGAGGGCCUUUAACCUUUUGCCCCUGCUGCAGUCCUGAUCCAGCCUGGGGCAGGGGAAGAGGGGAGGAGACAAGACCUGGGUGUCAGCGCUAUAUGUCUUCAUUUGACCUGGAGAACCGGUGUGAACUAAAAACUGCUUUGUAGGGUAACAGAGAGGAGGAAGGCCUACCAUCUGCAUUAAAAGAACAGCUCCAUUGGUGUGAACGGGAGCUUCUAUUCCAAUGCAAAAAGUGGGUCUGGGGACAUAGAUCCAUAUUGGAACUGCAAUGUGGGCCACGCCAAGAUCCCCAUCCAGACUGGGGGCCCUGCACUUGCUAUUUACUUACUUAACAAAAUAACUUUGCAAUUGGUAAUGGCGCAGAAGACGUUUUGUCUCCUUGUGCCCCAAAGCCACCGUGUCAAACAGGCUGGCCUCAGUCCAGCGAGGGUCAGGGCUCCUGAAUCUUUAAUAGCUUGAAAUAAGGAGUUUCAGCAAGUCUGUCAUGUCAACUCCAGGCUCAUCCAGACUUCUUUUUGUGCUGCAUUUCUAGGAAAAGAUCUGUGUCUUAAAGUGUCUAAGCGCUUUUGCAGUGAAAACUCGCUCUUUGCCUCUGAAUCAGAGCAAAUGGCAAUCUGUAGAAUCUGUAGAAAUCUCAAAUUGCUGUUUGUUCCGAGCUAGUUAAGGAAGCUACACCCACCAAGUUUCCUCUUCUACACAGCUACUGCACCAUUGUUUAUUUGCAUGCCACUUAUCCAUGGAAAACCAUACCCAAGGCAGCUCGUAAUAUCAAAGUUUACAUAAGAUAAUUCACUAGUAAUUACACGACAUAACAAAAUGUAAAUAGUCAUAUAAGCAAUAUGCCAAUGAAAACAUCUCACUCUAAUGAAACUAUAAUAAAAUUAAACAAUCUGCUGGUAAUUCCUAAUAAAGGCCUAUAAAAUACAAGAACAUAAUAGCACAACUUCUCAGCCACAGCAACAACCCUAAACAAAACUCUACCCUGAUUGUCUGAAAACCUUAAUCUUACCCUAUUUUAGCCCGGGGGAGGGGGUGGUCUUUUAAUUAUGGCUUAGCUGCUUCUUAAUGCUUUGCAAGAGGAGCAUGCCAGGAGGUUGUAAAGAUCCAGCUACUUUUAAUUUGGUGGAGGGUGAGUUAACUUUAUUAAUUAAAACCUUGUUUUAAUGGAUUUUGAUUCAGGACUUUGUUACAGAACUGCUCGAUCGAUUGAAAGGUCUCAGGAGAAUGGCCAACAAUCAAAAGAAAUGA